UGUGUGACCCAGUAGCAGAAGAUCUCCUCAUCUCUCCUUUCCCUUCUCUCCCUCUCCCUCUUCCCAGUCCCCAACAUCCUCCGUAUGGCGCCCGUUUCAAUAUUUCCCAAACAAUAAAUCCGUGCAGUCAGCCAAUGGCAAAAACUUCUGUCAUCCAAUGUCAACUGCCUGACCAGAAGAAGCCAUUAAAACUCUUCGGCUUUCAGGUCUGUGAAAAUGAGGAGCAAGAUGGAAAUCCCAAGAAGGGCAGCGGUUUAUCAGAGCCCGCGAUCAGCCGGGCAGGAGACUGUCGGAAGUACGAGUGCCAGUACUGUUUCAGAGAAUUCGCGAAUUCUCAGGCACUGGGCGGCCACCAGAAUGCUCACAAGAAGGAGAGGCAGCAAAUGAAGAGAGCCCAGAUGCAUGCCAUCCGCAACCCAGCUGCCAGCGUUUAUGGCUUCCAACCAGCACCUGGUUCCAUUAUUUUCACGCCCCAUGGUUCAAGGCCGUCGCUAAAUUAUCAUACUGAAGUUAAGAGCUUUCCAGCUCCAGUUAUUGUGCCGCCGGCACCGCGGUCGGCUUCUUGGAUCUACCCUCCCCAGGCACCAGAAUUUUCCGGUGGACCUUUCAUGACAUUUCACAGCUCGGCUGCGGCGUCACCGUCACCAUCACCGUCACCGUCUGUGACAUACAAUUACCCGCCAACGAUGUUUCCGGCCAGCCAUGGCGGCUUCUCCUUACAGCUGCCUUAUUCACCUUUACAGUUCUUUAUGUCUUCUUCACCUACAAAAUUUUCCUGUGAAAGUGGUGCCAGCGGUACUGGUGGCCUGUCCUCAGACCAAGAAGCUGGUCUAGAUCUGCACCUGAGCCUUGGACCAGCUGCUUCCUGAAAUUGCAUUUCAGAAUAUUCCAUGGCUUCUCCAAUCCUGAAUCCGCUGGUUUCGCGGAGGCUCACCGUAGGUUGGCUUGUCCAGAAUUUUGGGGCUUCAAAGGCUAGUCAGAUUGUUGCACGGCUGAUAUUGUAAAAUUUUUUUUAUUGUUUCAUUUACUGUAAAGAAGUUUGGAGCAUAUAGUUUUUCAA